UUGACAACUAACUCACACAAAAACCCAUCCCAAAAAGGAGAAAGCUAAAUGAUAUGAUAAUAAUGUGUUUGUUCAAAAGCUACAAAUGUCUAGAAGAAAAGAAAAUACAGUUGGGGCAGGCUUGAAUAUUUGUGAAUUCUGACCCAUCCCUCCAAAUUUAGGUUAGACUUUGAAACAAUAAUAUUAGGAAAGAUAAAAGGACAUUUCAAAUUUAUUAAUGUUUAACCAAACACUUAUCAAAUUUAUUAAUUAAUAAGAAAUAUGAAGAAACAAUUAUCAAUUUCUUAAUUUUAAUGAAGAAGAAGAAGAAACAAAUAUCGAUUUAUUAACUAAUUAUAAAAUAAAACAAAUAUCAAUUUGUUAAUUAAUUAAAAUUAGAAGAAACAUUUAUUAGGUAAACAAGUAAUUGCCUAGAAUUGGCGUGUGUAUUAAUAAAGACAUAUAUCAUUAUUUAUUAUUAUGGAGACAGGCAAAUUGACCAAAGAAUAUAAAAGUCAAAUGAAGGAAUAGGCUUUUUCCUUUUUAUUUUAUUUAUAAGAAAAAGACAUAUGAAGGCCAUCAUAUCCUUUAAUCUUACACAACCAAUCCAUCAUCUAUUGUAUAUAUAUACAGACGCUUGCUUGUUCCAUUUCAUAGCCAAUUGGUAGUUGUUUACAUAAUUAUAGAAUCAGAAAAAUUGGAGAUGAGGUUCUUGUUCCGUGCCUUGACUUUGGUCUUCAUGGUGGCUUUGGGGGAAGCAGUUGGUGACAGAAUGAGAUGGACCAGAAAGGAGAUGGUGGAGAUAGCUGGCUACGGCGAACUCAAACUCUCCUCCGUCAUCCUCACCGCCUCUCUUCUCUCUUCCUCAUCCCACCCUAUCUCUGGUGCUACCGUUGGUAUCAUGUGCCAUACUGGACAUAGGAGGAGAUCCAAAGUGAUCAAAGCUGUCACAAAUGAUUUUGGGCAAUUCACUAUCGAUCUUCCUUCUGACCUACAUGCAAUUCCUGACCUAGACAAGGCUUGUUCCAUCAAACCACUCUCUGUUCCUAAACCGUACCGAUGCUCUCACAAGAUUCACAGAGGUAUCAAACUAGUUUCUUCCUCCAACGGCUUGCGCUUCUACACAGCAGGCAACAUCACCUUACACUGAGUACCAUGUAAAUAGACAUGCCUUUCAUUUUUUUGCUUCUAUAUGGUUCCUUCUCACUUCUUGCGAGAAAGAGAUACAGUCUUUGUAUAUAAUAAUGUCUCUUCUUAUUUGCUGUAAUAAAAAUGAUAUAUACAAUUAAUGUUUGGUUCA